CGGAGGCUGAGGCGGUGGAGAGUUAAAGUGGUCCGGCUGUUUGACUGGCUGGUUGGGGCGUCAGGCCGCCGGUCUAGAGCGGCGAGUUCCCUUCUCUUCAGCUGCUGUGCUGACAAGACCAUGCCCCCCCGGCCCCGAGGACCCCACGCCGGGCCGGCUUAGAGAAGACGUGGCCGCCCAGCACUUGGGCCGGGCCGUCCCUGCCCGUUCCUCCUCUGUCGCUGUAGAACGGCCGGGCUGAGCCGCUGGGAGAAGCAGGCCAGAGCCUUCCGGGGCCUCGGCCCGGGGACCCGUGGAGGAUGAGCUGGCUCUUUCCCCUGACCAAGAGCGCCUCCUCCUCCGCAGCUGGGUCCCCCGGUGGUCUCACCAGCCUCCAGCAGCAGAAGCAGCGCCUGAUCGAGUCCCUCCGGAACUCACACUCCAGUAUAGCUGAAAUACAGAAAGAUGUGGAAUACAGGUUGCCUUUCACCGUAAAUAACCUGACAAUUAACAUUAAUAUAUUGCUUCCUCCACAAUUUCCUCAGGAAAAACCAGUGAUCAGUGUUUAUCCACCAAUACGGCAUCACUUAGUGGAUAAACAAGGAGUGUAUGUUACCUCUCCAUUAGUAAGCAAUUUUACAAUGCAUUCAGAUCUUGGGAAAAUUAUUCAGAGUCUAUUGGAUGAGUUUUGGAAGAAUCCUCCAGUUUUAGCUCCUGCUUCAACAGCAUUCCCAUACCUGUACAGUAACCCAGGUGGGAUGCCUCCUUAUGCUUCUCAGGGUUUCCCAUUUCUUCCUCCGUAUCCCCCACAAGAAGCAAACAGGACUAUCAGCUCUUUAUCUGUUGCUGACACUGUUUCUUCUUCAACAACAAGUUAUACAACUGCCAAACCCGCUGCUCCUUCAUUUGGUGUCCUUUCAAAUCUGCCAUUGCCCGUUCCCACAACAGACACUUCAACACCGAUAAGCCAAAAUGGUUUUGGUUACAAGAUGCCCGAUAUUCCUGAUACAUUUCCAGAACUCUCAGAACUAAGUGUGUCACAGCUUACAGAUAUGAAUGAGCAAGAGGAUGUAUUGCUAGAGCAGUUUGUGACUUUGCCUCAACUAAAACAAAUUGUUACUGACAAGGAUGACUUAGUAAAAAGUAUUGAGGAACUAGCAAGAAAAAAUCUCCUUUUGGAGCCCAGCUUGGAAGCCAAAAGGCAAACUGUUUUAGAUAAGUAUGAAUUACUUACACAAAUGAAAUCAGCUUUUGAAAAGAAGAUGCAAAGGCAACAUGAACUUAGUGAGAGCUGUAGUGCAAGUGCUCUGCAGGCAAGAUUAAAAGUAGCUGCUCAUGAAGCUGAGGAAGAAUCUGAUAAUAUUGCAGAAGAUUUCUUGGAGGGAAAAACAGAUAUAGAUGAUUUUCUCAGUAGCUUCAUGGAAAAGAGAACAAUUUGCCACUGUAGAAGAGCCAAGGAAGAGAAACUUCAACAAGUGAUAGCAAUGCACAGCCAGUUUCAUGCUCCACUAUAGAUUUUCCUGAAAACAUGAACUGCAAAGAGAGGAAUGGGACACAAAACUAAGCACAUUUAUAUUUAUGAUUUGCAAAUUGGCAUUUCAUCACAAUGGCUGAAUUCCUAGAUGUAUUAUAUAGGUUGUAUACAGAACUGAGACUGAUUUUGUACAGAUUAGAAUGAUUGCUAUGAUCUUUGCUUUGAAAAUUUUUUCUGCACUAUUUGCACUAAAAAUGUUUAUUUAUUGUUGAUAAAUUCUAUCAUAUUUAAGUUCCACUGCUGUUCCUCUCUUAUUACUGAUUAAAUACCUGUGCAUGUAAUUUUAGCUACUUUCAAUAUUUUAUAAAAUGACUUCAUUUAAAUUUGUAUUUUUAAUUUGAAACUGCCUCAUUUCUUUAUCAAGGAUAGUUUGCUUAGAUUUUUUUUCCUCUCAACCCUUUUUGAAAAAUUACUAUUUCAACUGUAGAAAGAUUCUUAUUUUUUCUCUUUCUUUCUGGAUGAUAAAACUUUGAAAAAUAAUGUUUUUAAAUAUUCAUAGUGUCAGGAAACACCAAACCUGCCAAUGUGCCAUCUCAAGUAAUUUUUAAUACACAGAAUAAAUCAAAAGAAUAAGAUAGCAGUUUUUAUAUAUUGUCUUAUUUUUAAAAUUAAAGAUGCAUUUAAAAGGCAAUACAGGUAAAUAUUUUACCUAAUAGAAAAACUGCCUUUCAUUUAAACUAGUCUAACAUAAACUUUCAUGCUGGCUUUUUAAAUAUAAGCAUCUGAUGGGUUUGUGGUUAGAUGAGGAUAUGCUGUCUGAAUUCUGAAAUUUAAAACAAUAUUUUUGUUAAUAAAUAGUAAAUCUAAAGAACACAAAAAAGUCAGUGAAAUUUUCUGACCUUUACUGUGUUAGCUUUUCUCUUAUGAAAGCUUUAAUAAUAAAUAAAACUAAUAUUCAAUUUUUAGGCAGUCUAGUUUUUAAUUUGAUUUUCACUUUAACUUGUAUACGUUAAACAGUUUGCUUUUACAGUUCGUUACAGAAUGAACAUAUUUUAUGGAUAGCCGUGAAAGCCAAUUAAGCAGAAAAUCUUGAACUAGAUUUCCAAGGCUUGGUAAAGUUUCCUAAUGCCUAUUUUCAUUUAAACUUCAUUAUGAUUGCCAUUCCAAAUCCUAGCAUACAGUACAGGUUUUUUUUCUUCAUUCUUCUUUCUAUACAUAUUUCUGGCCACAGGUAGGAAAAAUAAAAUUUUCUGAGACUUGAA